AUGGCUCGUCCUUCAAUCAAAGAAUAUUUAACAUCUAAUCCUGACAAGGUUCUUGUGUUAGAUGGUGGCCAAGGUUCUGAAUUAGAAAAAAGAGGUAUCAAUGUUGCCACUCCGGUAUGGUCAACUGCACCUUUUGUCAGCGAUUCAUUUUGGUCGGACAAAUCCUCUGGGGAUAGAGAGAUCGUUAAGGGAGUGUUUAGUGAUUUCUCCACCGCAGGUGCAGAGAUUUUGAUGACCACAACUUAUCAAACUAGUUUCAAAUCUGUCUCUGAAAAUACCUCUAUCAAGACUAUUGAAGAAUAUAACACCUUAUUGAACCAUAUUGUACAAUUUUCUCGUGAUUGUAUUGGUGAAGAGAAAUUUUUAAUUGGUUGCAUUGGUCCUUGGGGUGCGCAUGUUUGUGCAGAGUUUAAUGGGGACUAUGGUAAACAUCCCGAAAAUGAAGAUUACUAUGAAUAUUUUAAACCUCAACUUGAUAAUUUCUUCAAUAAUAAUAAUUUGGAUUUAAUUGCGUUUGAGACCAUUCCAAAUAUUCAUGAAUUAAGAGCCAUAUUAUCAUGGGAUGAAUCCAUAUUGUCAAAACCCUUCUAUAUUGGUCUAUCUGUUCAUGAAAAUGGUUGUUUGAGAGAUGGGUCUACGAUAGAAGACGUUUGUCAGCUGAUUAAAUCAUUUGGUGAUAAAAUAAAUCCAAAUUUAUUACUAUUAGGGAUCAAUUGUGCGAAUUUCAACCAUUCUGCAGAUAUCAUGGAGUCAAUUCAUAAGCAAUUGCCCAAUAUGCCACUGAUCAUUUAUCCUAACAACAAUGAAAUUUAUGAUACCGUGAAGAAGAUGUGGUUACCAAAUAGUAAACAGUAUUUCACUUGGGAUACCUUGGUUAAAAGGUAUAUUGAGGCUGGUGCAAGGAUCAUCGGCGGUUGUUGUAGAACAACUCCGGAUGACAUAAAACAAAUUGCUGCUGCAGUUAAAAAGUAUUCAAAGAAUUAA